GCAUGCAGUGUCAGCUCUUUUGCUACAAACAAACAUGACCUUUUUGUCGCCUGCACGUCACUUGUCGUGCAUGGCUACUUUGCUUUCCCAACCGCAUCUGACCGUUGAGAGGUGCACAACACUCAAUCCUGCUACUCUCAUUCCUCUUCCGGAUGACGGUGAUUUCCAUGAUUGUGUCGAUGCGGCCCAACAAGUAGCCAAGGCUCGGCCCGAUCUGGAGGACACACCCUUGUCUGACGGUCACGUGGUUUUUGUUGAUGGAUCUUCGAAGAAAAAUGCUCUUGGCGUGACCCUCUCUGGUUACGCUGUCGUUACAGCUGACGAGGUUUUGAAAGCUGUGAAACUGCCUUCCCAUAUGUCGGCACAGGCCGCUGAACUCAUUGCUCUCACGGAAGCUUGCAUUCUUUUCGCGAACAAGCCUGUCACCAUUUGGACUGACAGUCAGUAUGCUUUUGCCACAGUGCACGUCUUUGCUCAACAAUGGAGCAACCGUGGCAUGGUAACAUCUACAGGCAAGCCCGUCACCCAUUCGACAUUGCUUCCCCAACUUUUGGACGCUGUCCAACUGCCCUCCAAGGUGGCGGUCUGCAAAUGUGCUGCUCAUACUACUAGGUCUGAUCCUGUUUCUUUGGGUAACGCCUUCGCGGACAGGUCUGCCAAGGCUGCCGCUGAAGGCGUGCUCCAUGUCCUCUCUUCUUGUACUGAUAGCGAUUCCGUGUCUCACGUUUCUCCUGACGUGCUGCUUGACAUGCAAUCUCAAAGCCCCUCCCAGGAGCGCCUCUCUUGGGAGAAACGGGGCGCCAUUAAAAAUGACAAUGGCCUUUUUGUGUGACCUCUGGGCAAGCCUGUCUUGCCUCGGAACUUGUAUAAGUGGGCUGCUAUUUCGAGUCAUGGGGUCACCCAUGUCUCGACAGGGGGGAUGGUGAAACAGAUUGAGUCCAUUUACACAGCAUACGGGUUUGCUGGUUUUUCGCAACAAUUUUGCAGAGCAUGUUUGAUUUGUGCUAAACACAAUCCACAAGGUAACUUGCGACCUCGGAGAGGAAAAUUUCCGACUCCAUUGUAUCCAUUUCACACAAUACAUAUGGAUUACAUCCAAUUAAAUAAGAGCGAGGGAAAAGAAUAUUGUUUGGUCAUCAUCGAUGCGUUUUCUAAAUGGGUAGAAGUUUUUCCCACUAGACAUGCGGACGCACUAACAGUAGCAAAAGCAUUGUGCAAAGACAUUAUUCCAAGAUAUGGCAUUCCAGAAAAAAUUUAUAGUGACAAUGGUCAACAUUUUGUCAAUCAAGUGGUGCAAAACAUUGGGAGAUUGUUCCACAUAAAUAUAAAGAACCAUUGUUCCUACCAUCCACAGUCAGCUGGCUUGAUUGAGCGUUUUAAUGGUACUAUAAAAAAUAGACUAAAAAAAUGCAUGGAGGAAACUAAACGACCAUGGACUCAGUGUCUAGAUUUAGUGAAAAUGUACAUGAAUGUUACAAGUACGACUGGGUUGACUCCCUAUGAAACCAUCUUUGGAAGGCCGUACAGGCUUCCUCAGUUUAAAAAUGUUUGGGACGUGCCGGAAGAGGCCACUUUGGCCGACUACAUGAGAAAAAUGUUGGAACAUGCUAAAAAUCAGACCAGUAACAUUACUGACCAACCCAUCUCUCCGCAGGAGGACCCCAAAGUGGUUCCGGGAGACUGGGUCUUGAUCAGGAGCAUCAAGAAGAAGAAUUGGCACUCGCCCAAGUGGGAAGGUCCCUUUUUAGUGCUUCUCACAACACCUAACGCUUUAAAAAUAGCCGAACGUAACACGUGGAUUCAUUUGUCACACUGUAAAAAGGUGAUCUCCGCAGACCCAACCUAAGUACGGAAGGUGUGCAAGUCUGGUAAUAGUGCCUGAUUCUGGUGCCAAGAUCCAGGGUUGACACGAAAGCCAGCAGAAGCAUUCCAAGCCACCAACCCGAAGCUCAGGGAGUUGACUCUGAGGAGAUCUAAAACUAGGUGUUAAAAUGCCGUUGGAACAAUGUCUUGCGAAGGUGCGGGAUGGUUGCAAACCUUGGGAAGCAUUCAUUUGGAUUUUUGUCAUUUUUGGUUUCACUGUAGUUGGGACAGUGUGCUAUAUGCGCAUCGGCCCUGUUUUUAUAAAACACACGACUCCAGACAGUUCACCUGGAGUUUCCACUGUUCCUGAUUUACCUGUAGUUUCCGCUGUUUCUGAUUCACCUGAUGUUUUUACUAUUUCUGAUUAUGAGUUUUACAAACUUUGUUCGACGGAUAACGAUCCUAGGCACAGUCGCGAUAGUUCCGUUGGUUCCCGAUAUUGUCCAUGGGAUGAUGUUGCUUCGCGUAGACAUAGGCGUGAGGUCUCGUCCAUUAGGCCCACCUUUAAACACUGCACGCCUGCUCUCGUUCACGACGGUAUUUCCUGCGUGCCAUGGCGCAUAGCCAACGCGUACCUACAUUCAUUGGCGUUCACCGUGGCCCCAAACACGGCUUCCACUAUCACCGUGCCCUUGAAGAGUUUGAAAGGUACCCGACAAGGCUGGCUCACUACGGGUGACAAAUGGCCUGGGUAUUGGUGGUAUUUGACUGUCAAUCCAGACAUUUCGGACUGGAGCGCCUUCAUCACCUCGCAGGUACCAGGUUACUGGCCUCCUGGCUCCAGUGAAGAAGCUGUGUUUUUUGCUAAACGUAUCACUUUGAAGAACCAAGGCUCAAGCCUUCUUUUGACCGUUACACUCCCUGAUGACACGGUUCGGCCCCCUCACGCUACCCUGCUCAAUACUUCCUGUUGGGGUUUUCAGUUGUGGGCUUGGUCCUCUGGGAAGGAUCCUCAGUUUCCUAUUGUCCUUUGCGUUAACAAAACUAUGCGGGGCGCUGACAGUCCCGUGUUGAGCGACUUUUCCAAAACAUCUGGGGCAGUGAUUACGAGCGUGGCCCUCACCGAUGUAGACAGUCACUUUGUGGCCUCCACAGGUAUGAGUGGCCAGACUAACAAUUGGCUCCUCAUGGCCGAGCAAGCUGCUAAUGUGACUAACACCAGUUGCGUUGUGUGUAUGGGCCCACGGCCCCUCUUGAGAAUCAUUCCCGCGAGUGUGGCUCCUGAGUGUGCGAUUUUUGUGAUGUCUACCCCUUCCAUUCCGUCUGCUCAUCCUUGCUCCAGUUGGGACAAGGUCUAUCCCGUUUCCUCCUUGGCAAAGUCCAAACCCCUUUUUUCCACUGAUGUUGCUAAAGGUAAUUUCACGUGCAUCAAGUUGCCCGGUACCGGCGCAAGCCUAGGCGUUUUGUCAGCUCCUUUGUGCACUUCCCUGUUCUAUGGCGCUGCCUUUUUCUCACCCAUCGCUCGUAGUGAUAUUUGGUUUUGGUGCAACACUGACACACUUUAUGAUAGUCUCCCUUUUAAUAGCUCUGGUACUUGCGCUUUGGUGACCCUUUUGCUUCCCGUUUUAUUAAUGCCCGCAUCUACUCAUGAGCUAGACGUUUUUAUUGAUUCUUUUGUGCCCCGACCCUGGUCGAGGGCUAAGCGGAGUGCCGAGUGGCAAGGCGCGGCGGAUCCGACCUAUAUAGAUGCCAUUGGAGUUCCCAGAGGAGUGCCGGAUGAGUAUAAGCUGGUGAACCAGAUAGCAGCUGGUUUCGAAUCCUCCAUUUGUUGGUGGUGCACCCUUAACAAAAAUGUUGACAGGAUCAAUUACAUCCACUACAACGUGCAGAGGCUUGGAAAUUGGACCGAGGCGGGCUUCAGAGCGGUCCACUCCCAGCUGGCCGCGACUUCCCUCAUGGCUUUCCAGAACCGGAUGGCCCUUGACAUGCUACUCGCUAAGGAGGGCGGUGUCUGCGCCAUGUUCGGACGACUUUGAGCUCCCACGGCCCCCGAGUUGUCAUCUUCGCAUUGACUCCAUUGAUGAGGCCCCCGCUGUGGACCUGUCCGACCUUUUUCCUGAGUCCGACGUUGUCUGAUUGGCUUCGGUCGCCUCCCGGGUGUAAAUUUGUUCUUAUGACGUAUGAUCCUGCGGCUGAAAAUCUUUUGAAGUAGCCUUUGGGUGAUUUGAGGGUCUCUGAGAACUUAUGAUAAACAGGGGGGAAUUGUUGGAAAAUUGUAUAUAUAUGUUAUCAUGCGUUCUCUUUUAGUUUCUAUAUUACUAUAUUACAGUAAAUGAUGUCUCGUUAGAUCUACCGUUAGAUUAGAUCUGCGUACGUGCGUUCGUUGUUCUGCUUUGCUGUUCUUAUGUCCACCACAGAAUACCACAUCAGCCAAGGUGUGAGGUCUUGUCUCGGUCAGCGAGAGACAGCAGCAACGACAUUGUGUCAGCCUUCCUCAAGUGGCUGACUCGGCACCUCACACCCUCAAGAAAUGGAGCGCUGGGAGCGCCCCUGGUCCUUGCUGAUAAGACUGCUUGAACCCAUUGAACUUGAUGAACUCUGUUUGCUCUUUCCUAUGUCGCCACAUUAGCAUAACGUUUGCAGUAAUCUACACACACCAGAAGUUUCCUGCGCUUACCAAAAGCAGAAACCGUUUGCGCUUCCCCCUACCCUUAUUUGGUUUCUGCUACACAUGUGAUGAGGAAAAUUCCCCAAAUAAAGAGAGCAAGGAUGCAGACAGACUUUAGUGUAGGUUGGGCAUUGUAAGCUGUCUGUACUGCACUCCUUGCGCAAGCUACGACUCAA